GAUCGGAGAAUUCACUACAUGAUCAGCAAAGGAGGCAGUGAAGCCUUGCUGCAGGCCCUUGUAAAUGCUGCCCAGACAGCUGAGCCAGACUACAGCAUCCUUUUACCUCUGCUUCGUUUGUUGGCUAAAGUAGGCCAAAGAGACAGGAAGUUUGGGCAGAGGGUGCAGAUGCUGGAGGCAAUUGAUGUGACCCUGAGCUUGGCAAGGAAAAAUCUAGGCCACCACCUGCAUCUCAUCCACUGUCUCUGGGCCCUGAGGGUUUAUGCUUCCAGUGUUACUGCAGGAACUACCUUGGGCAUUAAUGGAGCCAUGGAGCUGCUUUUCAAAGUCAUCACUCCUUAUACCAAGAAGCACACCAGGACGGUCAGGGCAGCCAUUGAGGCUCUGGCAGCUUUGCUGAAAUCGAAGUCUAACAGUCGGCGGGUGGUGCACAGAGGCUACUUGUGUGGACUUCUGAGGCUGUAUCAGGACUGGCACCAAAGCGACGUCUCCAACAGCUACAUCCACAUCCGUAGGGGUCUCCUGCUGUGCCUCAAACACAUCACGAACAUCCGGUCUGGCAGGGAGACUUUUCGCUGUGCUCGAGGCAUGGAAAUCCUCUUCACCACAGUGCAGGAUUGCCUGGCUAGCAAGAGCCUGGAUUCUAUAGUAACUACAGUGACCCAGAUCCUGAGAAAGUGCUACCCCAAGGAGUCUCUGCCUUUAGCAACAGCAAGCAGCUCCUUUUCCUUCUCUCCACCUGGGAGCAUCAGCUUUCAAUCUCCACGUUCAGGGCCUGAAGAUGAGAGUGAAGAGGAUGGUGAAGAAGAGGUGGAAAAAGACUUUGAUAACGAUGACCUGGAGAGCAAAGAGGAAGAUGAUGACCUGGAGACAGAUGUGAACAAACUGAGGUCAAGGCCUGGUCUUGACAGGCCAGAGAAGGAGCUUGCACAGUAUGAGGCAAUGUGUCCUGAACUUUCCCAUGACUUUCAGGAGUUGGAAUUGGAGUCUGAAGAUGAGAGAGGCUCAGAGGAUGUGCUCAGGAGCCUACCAUUCACUCGCCCUCGAGUCAUUCCAAGUGCUGCUUUCAUGCAGCAGCAGCGUGGCAGAGGAAAGGACCAAAAUACUAAGGGGCCACAGCCAGAGCCAGCUGAAAGGGCUUUGAAGGCUCCAUUGAAGGGCCCAGAGAAGGAUGGGAAGUGUCUUGGUGCUCAAACCACCGAAAAUAAAACCACUGGAGAUUCAGCCCCAAGUGCAGAUGGCCUAGGUGAAGAAAAAUGUUCAGCAAGGAGUUGCGGCCGAAUGCUGCGUCCUCUCCCAAAAGAGGCCUCCUGGGAUGCAAAAACAUUUAACGCUCAGUGUGUGAGCUGCUGUAGUCCCAGCCCUGCUGGGGAAGUGGGAGCCUUGGAUGUAGGAAAGGGACUUCUGGAGAGAUGCCAGGGGAAUAUCCCGUUCCACAGCCCUCAUCUCUACAUGGCUAAGGCUGGAAGCACCAAGUCCAUUCCGGACUACACAUUUUUGGCAUUGUCUGAUUUCUGGGGUCAUGAACCCCCAUCUUAUUGCCAGUCCAUGUUGGAGCGGAAAUAUGCAGUUCAAAGGGCCAAAAUAUUUGAUGAUAUCCGUCGCCUUAUCCAACCAGGCGAUGUGAUAGGCAGAGUUGUCUUUGAUUUAGAAGAGCCCAGCCUGUCCAGCUUAGAUGCUCCAGAUUGUCUUAAAUUCUUCUCCAAAUUUGAAUCGGGAAACCUUCGCAAAGCCAUACAAGUGUAUGGGUUUGAGUAUGAUUUGAUUAUGAAUGCUGAUGUGAACAGCAGCCAGCACCACCAGUGGUUCUACUUUGAGGUUAGCGCCAUGAAGUCGGCUGUUCCCUACCGCUUCAAUGUUGUCAACUGUGAGAAGGUCAACAGCCAGUUCAAUUACGGCAUGCAACCGGUCAUGUAUUCAGUGAAGGAAGCUCUCCAGGGCAAGCCUCACUGGAUUCGGGUGGGAUAUGAUAUCUGUUACUACAAAAACCAUUACCGCCGGAGUGCAGCAGCAGCAGGCACCACUCAAAGGAAAUCUUACUACACGCUUUCCUUCAGUGUUACAUUCCCUCACAAAGAUGAUGUCUGCUACCUGGCUUACCAUUAUCCCUACACCUAUUCAGCACUGAUGGCCCAUCUUGACAUGCUGGCAGAAACCAGGAAUCCCAAGAAAGUCUUCUAUAGGCAGCAAACACUGUGCCAGACACUGGGAGGAAACCCGUGUCCUCUACUCACCAUCACAGCCGUGCCAGAGUCUAAAAGCCGCAACGACUUGGAGCAGUUCCGCAAUCGACCUUAUGUGGUUCUUGUGGCUCGUGUUCACCCUGGUGAGAGCAAUGCCAGCUGGGUAAUGAAGGGGACCUUGGAGUUCCUAGUCAGCAGUGACCCCAUUGCUGAGCUCCUGAGGAAAUGUUUCAUUUUCAAGAUUAUCCCCAUGCUCAAUCCAGAUGGAGUCAUCAAUGGCAACCACCGGUGCUCCUUGAGUGGGGAUGACCUGAACAGACAGUGGCUGGCUCCCAGCCCCCUGCUCCAUCCAACCAUUUAUCACAGCAAGGGCUUCCUCUAUUACCUGCGCAGCAUUGGCCGGGCUCCACUGGUUUUCUGUGACUACCAUGGCCACUCCCAGAAGAAGAAUGUGUUCCUCUAUGGAUGCAGCAUCAAGGAGACGUUAUGGCAGGCAGGCUGCACUGUUGACACAGCGGUGGUCACAGAGGAUGUUGGCUACAGGACCCUCCCCAAAAUCCUGGAUAAAGUGGCUGCUCCAUUCAUCAUGAGCAGCUGCAGUUUCCUUGUGGAGAAGUCCCGUGCAUCGACAGCCCGAGUGGUUGUGUGGCAGGAGAUUGGUGUGCUGAGGAGCUACACAAUGGAAAGCACAUACUGUGGCUGUAGUCAAGGGCUCUACAAAGGCCUGCAGAUUGGAACUCGAGAGCUGGAGGAGAUGGGCGCCAAGUUCUGCCUAGGACUCCUCAUUCUGCAACUCAAAUCCUGGCCCUGCAGCAAGAAGCUAAUGGCUCAGGCUGCAGCCCUGCUGGAUCUGGAGGAGGAGAUCAGAGACUUCCAGACACGAAGGUCAGAGUAA